GCUUUACAGUUUCCGAUGAGGAGAUUCAUCGACAUUGGAGCAAAUCUGACGGAUAGCAUGUUUUCCGGAAUGUACAACGGGUCUCGGAAACAUGCACCAGACAUUGACCAAGUGCUAUCGCGUGCUUUCAAUCACGGGAUAGAGAAAAUAAUAGUCACUGCCGUAGGAUGUAAGCAAGAUAUAGUAAGCGCUAGGGCGCUUUGCUGUGUUGACACACGUCUCUAUUACACGGUCGGAUGUCACCCAACAAGGUGCGGGGAAUUCGCCGCAGAUCCAGACCAAUACUAUGCGGAUCUUAUGAACUAUAUUUCUGAAGGCGGGUCUCGCGUAGUUGCUGUCGGCGAAUGCGGUCUGGAUUAUGACAGGGUCCAUUUUUGCCCCAAAAAUACUCAGUUAUCGUGCUUUCAACGACAGUUGGAUCUUGCCUCUGAAACCAGACUCCCCCUAUUUCUACAUUGUCGCAACGCCUUUGAAGAUCUUAUCAAUAGUAUUCAACGACACAUCGAGCGAUUCGGUCCCAUCCGUGGGGUGGUGCAUACCUUUGACGGAACUGAAGAACAAGCGAAAGCUAUAAUUAAUCUUGGCUUUUAUAUUGGGCUUAAUGGCUGCAGUCUGAAAACCAAACGCAAUUUGGAGGUUGUUGCAUCACUUCCUUCUGAGAAGAUUUUGUUGGAAACAGAUGCUCCUUGGUGCGAGAUUCGGCCCACCCACGCUGGAUUCCAGCACGUGGUGACAAGGUUUGCGAAAAAAAAACCCAGCAAAUGGGAAUCUGGUUACAUGGUUACUGGACGGAAUGAGCCAGCCAAUAUCAUACAAGUCUUAGAGGUGGUGGCGGGUGUCAGAGGGCAGCCGCUGGAAGAUCUGGCUCAUGUAGCCUACGAAAAUUCUCUGAGCGUCUUCUCGGGCCUAUUAAACAGUCGGUAA